UUUCACACCUGUUUCUUCCUCUGCUGACCCUCCUCACCUCAGAGUCCCACACACUUGACCUUCGCGGCCCCAGGAAUCACGACGUUGUUCAGACAACAGACAAUCAUUGUGCCCAGAGGAUGAAUCCUGAUGAUUUUGUCUUGUUCAGGUGACAGCCUGAUUUGUACCGAGGUAAACUCUAAUCUGGUAUGUACGGCAUUAGACCAACUGAGAACAGCCAGCAGCAGAUUCUUUCGAGCCGUGUUCACCUGAGGUGGAGGCCAUCUAUGGAUUCUCUGGAUUUUGUGAACCCUUACCUGUACAGAUACAAGAAGAGGAACUUUCUGGUCAAGGACAAAAUGCGACCUAAAGACCUUGAUGAGCUGCAGCAUUUUGAGAUCCAGCCUACUGAUAUCUUCCUCGUCACAUACCCCAAGUCAGGCACACAGUGGAUGCAGCAGAUCCUGGUCAAGAUCAUGGAUGCUGCAGACCCUGACUGGGUAGAAGAUGCCAACAACAGGGUUCGAAUUCCUUGGCUGGAGGAGAGAGCCGUGGACGACCCUUACCGAGAAAGGCCAGCUCCUCGGAUUUUUGGCUCACAUUUGCCCCCCGACAUGCUGCCCCAUGGAGUGAAAGAUAAGCAAAUUAAGAUUGUGUAUGUGUGGAGGAACCCCAAAGACGUCCUGGUGUCCCUCUACCACUUUGCUCACAGUUGGGUCUUGCUGGAACAACCUCAGAGCUUUGACGAGUUCUUUCAGCAGUUCCUGGAUGGUGAUGUUUACAUGGGAUCGUGGUUUGAUCAGGUGGGAGAAUACUGCGCAGUACGAGACCAACUGAACAUCCAUUUUGUGCAGUAUGAGAGCAUGCUGAAGGACCUCAGAGGGGAAGUUGUGAAGCUUUGUGCUUUCCUGGAAAAAGACUUGACAGAUGAAGCCAUUGACAAUGUUGUGAAAAUGUCCACCUUCAAAAACAUGAAGACCGACCCCAAAGCAAACUACAAGGACUUUUCAGAAACCAACCGCUAUAAGAAGGAAACCAUGCGCAAAGGUAUGGCGGGUGACUGGAAGAACCACUUCACAGUGGCCCAGAACGAACGCUUUGACAGAGUGUUCAAGGAGAAGAUGAGCGACUUUCCUCUGACCUGCAUCUGGGAGGUCAAACAGUAGCUCCUCUUCCAUUCAGCUCAGCCCUUCGCUGGAGAGAGUCUCCCUCAACAGUCACAAAGACAUGCACUUGAACCUCUUUGCACGGCGACCAACUAUCCUCCGUCAGAAAAUCAUACUUUGCAAACAGACUCCUCGUCUGUCAUCAACGUCAUUAGCCACCCCGUCGCCAGAUUAAAUGCUGGCGAUGUACGUUUCUGCAAGCCACCAAGUUUGAACAUGUCAGACUUCAGGUUUCUUUAGGUUUAAGUUUCAAUUUUAUGUUGUGACUGUGCUGGUUAAAGUCUGGUGAGGUUUAGGCCCCAAAAACAUUUAGUUCCCACUCACUUUUAAUGGCAGAUCACUGAUAUGACGCAUAUCAAACGUACAAAUUUUGUCGCAUCUGUGGUUUGCAGAAAUGUACGACGCUAACAUUUUAUUCUGGAGACUGGAUUUGUGAUAAGUUCACUCAUAUAACACAAAGCACAUUUUCUCACCUAACCUUUGCAGGAUCAUGCCAUGCAGAUAGUUGUGGUUGCAUUUGUGCAGGUUUUAAGACACCUGCUUCUAAAGAUUUCUGCUGCCUCCUCAAUGGAGUUGCAAUUUUUCCAUUUCUAGUCUGUAUUUCAACAAUAUCCUCAAUAGCAUUUAGCAUUGAAACACAGGACUGUCCUAAUAAGCAAUAAGUAAGUAAGUAAUGUUUAUUGUAUUUUCUCGUGUUUUGUCUGUCAUUUGGCUUUGCAGCCAGCCAGCCUCAGCUGCUGGGGAGAAAAAGCCAGCUGAUGAGGCACAGACCACCGUGUUACCACCGUUUACCGAACAUUGACUGCAAAAACAUGAGCAGAUACUUGAAAAAACUAAACUAAAAUAACUGGAACACUUGAAUGUAAUUUGAAAGCUCGGUCUUCUUAUUUUUUCAUUAUUAUUUGAGGAUUGCAUUUUUAAGUAUUUUAAUGAAUAGGGUUAUUUGUAGGAUUAGAGUAGCGAGAGGAGGAAAGAGAAUUUUUAAAAGAAUAAUUGUGAUUUUAAAAAGAAAGAUAUUUGUCCUCUGAUGGAGGGGGUGGCAGCUUGGACAUAAAGACAUGAUGAAAAUUGUUGAAAUCAUGUGUUAAAAUAUGCUUUUCUGUAGUUUGGGUGAUCUAACUCUUACACGCAAAGCAGAAAUAAAUGGUCAAUAAACCACAGAAGUAGUACAAUAGGUCACCAUAGCAGUGUGUGUGCAGGGCCAUUGUCCAGUGUCUCUCCUCUCUCCGUACUAUGAUAAUGUUUUAACCAUUUAUUUCACUGCAUUUUUGUUUUCUUCCAUUUUUGCUGUCACUGAAGAGUUCAAGUUUGUCGUCUUAGUUUUCAGUACAAAGACGUUGGAUGAAUAUAACCAUUAUAUACGCAUGGUCAUUGUGCUGAUUUUACACCUCUUGUCUAGCCGGGGCUUUGAUGAGCCGUCAAUAAAUCCACCGGAAACAA